UGGCGUUGGCACCCUGUACAGAGCCUGCGACGGCUCGUUUAGCGCAAGAUUCUUCGCUUUCGUCAAUUGCUCCAGAUGGACGAGACUCCAGAUGCUACCAGCACUGAGUCGCUUGCAACGAGCGGCGGCACAGUGGAGAUCUUGGUGUCUCUGGUUUCAGGUAAAUCUUUGGCAAUGCAGAUGCCCUUUAGUGAAGAGGCCGGCACCGUGAAGCAAGUCGCUGCAAAAAAGCUAGGCCUGUGCGGCGAAGAAGUGCAGCUUGUCCUGGGUGAGGACACAGUCUCCGACCAGCUCAAAGCCGAAGAGCUCAGCGGCUGCAUGCUGAAGCUCGUAGUGCUGUCGCCGGGCUCCAUCGCUGCUUCGGUUGGGAAUCGCAUCGUGGUAGCCUCUGGCAGCACUUUGAAAACUUCGUCUGAGCUGGACUAUGGCAAGACGAAGCGAAGGUCGCCGUAUGCUGUGGGGUGGAACCCUACCAACGCAGAUCAGCUCGCCAUUUGCGGCAAGAAUCUGGCAUGGAUCCAUGACUUUGCCACCGGUCAGGAGCAAUUUUCUCGUGCCUUCAAAGGACAAGGACCAAGCAAUUUUCACUGGAGUGCAGAUGGGCGACGACUCGCCUUCUUGAACUUCCGCGACGUGACAGUAUGUGAUGUAAACCUGGGCACGGAGAAUGUGCUUUCGCAGCGCUCUGAUGUCUUCAGCGCAUCCUUCCACCCUGGGGGGUCGUGCAUGGCUGUUGGUCAGACCGACGGCAUAGCGAUCUGUGAUCUUGAAAGGGGGUCAGAAUUGCACUUCUUCCACUCGGACUCUGUGGAGCUUGUGCAGUGGGACAGCAGUGGUAACCUUCUGGCGAGUGGUGACAUCAAUGGCACUCUUCGCGUUCUGACGUGCACGGGCGAGGUGCGCUGGAACCUGCGGCAAUGUGAUGCAGCACGUCAGAUGGGUUUGCAAGACAAAAUUUCAAGUAUAGCUUGGAGUCCCGUUGACAGUUUCAUCGCAUUCUCCUCCUCAUGGGGCAUGGCAGUGCAGCUCUUCGAUGCCAAUAAAGGCGAACUUGUAUGGAAGACUGCGGACUACUGCCCCUUCCACGCCUUGUCAUGGAACUACAACGGCAUAAAGGUGGCUGGAGCGUGCCAGGAUGGGCAUGUCUACGUCUUUGAUGGCGAGACAGGUGAGCUGCAUCGAAGCCUGGAGCUUGGAAAGGCGGUGACCUCUCUGAGCUGGUCCGUGGCGUAGGCGCGCGGCCACGCGCGCCACCCAGGCCAGCCAGCGCCCACAGGGGCUGAAGUAUUCCUUAUAUAAUUGGCCGUUUGCCCAGGCACCACCUGCAAAACCAAGGUGUACGCCUCGUACAGGGCAGUUUGCUGUCAUGCAUUUCCUUUUCACAGGCUACUCAGGGUCUCCUGUCCUUGCCUGGACCGUCAUUCAGCAUGCGCCACUCUGUGUUGAAC